GACUCCCACUAUCGCAUAAUUACAAUACUGUCCACCAGCGGGGGUGCCCGGUACGCACUGCGUAUUCAAGUUCAAGUCGCACUUGAGCUUGAACUACUAGCUAUACAUAUUCAAGAUAUUGUCCACUAGCAAAGCGAAUCUGACCUAAUCUUGUCAUGGCAUCACCGUCUUCGAUGAGACAGCUCUCUCCAUGUCUCACGAGUCAGCCGGGCCUCAGGCUUCUUGGCACUGGCAGGAUCUUUGCUCUCAUCACCGGGGUCAACUCAUACCAAUACCCUUACGCUUUGCAUGGUGCUGUCAAUGAUGCAGAAGCUAUCGCAGACUAUCUGAGGAAGAACUUCGUGGAUUGCAAAUGCAAGAUGCUACUCGAUGACCAGGCGACUCGAGCAGCAAUUGAGGCUAAUUUCUGCGACUUCCUAAUCAACAAUGAUGACAUUGGACAAGGGGAUCCCAUCAUUUUCUACUUCGCCGGACACGGGAGUGAAAUCUGCGAGGAUUGUGAUGAUAUCAAGCAAGCUAUCUGCCCUCACGACUUCGACAUCAUGAACGAGGGUCCUACCAGUAUCAAGCUAGAUCAGAUCAGAGAGUGGCUGCAAUUCGUCGCUGCGAAGCGGGGUAACAACAUCGUUGUAAUUCUCGACUGUUGCUAUAAUGCCCCGGCUAGUGCGAUGAAUUACCUUCGGGAUCAGGCCGUAGUCCGUGUCCGUUGUAUUCCAUCGCGCACAGAUGUUUCUCCGGAGACCCAGGAGCGCCAUCUCAAGCAAGAUAGACACCCUACAUCGAUGCGCGGGGGAGUCCCAUACUUCCCAUGGAUCGACGCGUACGUCCUCAUGCACGCUUGUCGCCGCUCCGAGCCUGCCAUCGAGGAACCAAGCCCCCGGUGUCCUGGCACUCCGGCGCGUGGCGCCUUCACUUCUGCCCUGAUAGAGCAUUUGAUCGAUAUUGAUCAGAGAGAGGAACAGACGACGUACAAGCUGCUCGUAUGUGGCUUGAGCGGUCUGCCUCAGGGACAGCAUCCCUUCUGCGUGGGACUACAC